UUUGUAGGAUACAUAGAUGAUUGCUUGGUGAAUUUAGUACCUUUUUACCUAUGCACCUUUCUUUUUUUUUUUUUUUUAAUUCAUUUUAAUUAACGUAAAAAUAAUAUUAAUUAAAUACUAAUUUUAUACAUUCUAUUUCAUUUCAAUUAUGUCCUAGAAUUACAAUACAACUAAAAUAAUUAGAGAAUUAUUAAUGCUAAUUUUGUAUAAGUUAUUUAGACUUAAUAAAACUGUCAAGAAAAAAUGGAAUCAAUUAAGAUACCGUUUUACUAUAUUGAAUUCACAUCAAAUUUAGAAAAUGUUGUCAGUUUAUUUAGUUUUUUUACACCUCCUAGCAAAUUAUAUGUUGUACAUCUUAUAAUGCCAAUUUGUCAAAUAUUAGUAAGAACACAUGCCAAUGCGUGCCCUCCAAAAAGUUACCCAAAUCAUCACAAAAAUAAUUAAUCUACCAAGUUUACAAAUACUAAUUGUCAUAUUAUUAUUUAUAUUAAAUAUAGGAAUGCUUAUUUUGUUUUAUUACUUUUUAGCAUGUCUUAGUAAGUUAUAUUCUGUAAAUUAUAAAAUAUCAAAAUUACUUGAAAAAUCUAGUAUGAUAAACACCACAUGACAAUGCGCUCUCUCCAAAAAGUACAAAAAUCAUCAUAUAAAUGUAAUAUUCAUUGUCAUAUUACAACACAACCCUCUAUAUAGACACUAAACACUCUGGAGGGGUAAUUCGAAACACACUAUUUAGUCUCAAAUUAUUCCAUCCCUCAAAUUAAAAAAAAAACACACUUACCCCCAAAGUCCAAUUGCUCCCUUCGAAUAUAUACCUUCUUUUGCAAAUCAAAACAAUUAAAAAAAAAACAAACAUAUGGAAGAAACCUUUGUCCUAAUAGUGGGAGCAGGUCCUGCAGGACUAGGCAUUGCUGCAUGCUUAACCAAAAAAUCUAUUCCUUACGUUGUUCUUGAAAAGGAAGAUUGUUGUGCUUCUCUUUGGAAGAAACGCGCUUAUGACCGAUGCCAUCUUCAUCUAGCAAAAGAAUUUUGCUCAUUACCCCAUAAGCCCCAUGCACCACAAGCUAAGAAAUAUAUGAGUAAGAAUGAUUUCAUAGAAUACAUUGAUGAUUAUGUUUUCGAAUUUGAUAUUAGGCCACGAUACUUUCACUAUGUUGAAUCUGCAUCAUUUGAUGAAGCCAAGGGGAAAUGGCUAGUUGAAGCUAAGGACACUUUUGUGAAAACAUCUAAAUUGUUCGUCGCGAGUUUUUUGGUAGUCGCAACAGGUGAAAAUGGCAAGGCUUACAUCCCUAAUAUCCCCGGUUUGAAGGAUUUUAAAGGAGAUGUAUUGCACUCUAGUGAAUAUAAGUCUGGUCGUGAAUUUCAAGACAAAGAUGUGUUGGUCGUUGGUUGUGGUAAUUCUGGGAUGGAAAUUAGUUAUGAUUUGUGUAAUUCAGGAGCCAACACUUCAAUUAUUAUUAGAAACCCAGUUCAUGUGGUUGCAAGAGAAAUGAUCUUUGUAGGGAUGCACUUGCUAAAGUACUUUAGUUUAUCAACAGUGGACGCUCUAGUCACUCUUGCUAGCUACUUGAAAUACGGGAAUUUAUCAAAUUAUGGAAUCUAUCGACCAAAUGAAGGCCCUUUUUUGCUUAAGGCAACAAAGGGAAGAAGCCCGGUUAUUGAUGUGGGAACUAUUGCCAAAAUUCAAUCUGGAGAAAUUAAGGUUUUACCGGGGAUUGAGAGCAUUAAUAAGAGCAAAGUCAUAUUUGAAGAUAAAGUUGAAUUAAACUUUGAUGCAAUAAUAUUUGCAACAGGAUUCAAAAGCACGGCUUGUGAAUGGCUUACGGAUUAUGAUUUUAUACUAAAGAACGAUGGUUUUCCAAAGAAUCGUUUACCAAAUCACUGGAAAGGAAAGAAUAAAUUAUAUUGUGCUGGAUUAUCAAGGAUGGGAUUACAAGGUGUUUCAAAGGAUGCCAUAGCGAUUGCCAACGAUAUUGAGAUGGUUUUAAGAACUGUGAUUUAAUCAGUGAAGAUAUUUAACUUUUAUAUGUAUCUUAGUGGUUAGUGCUGAGUUUUCUAGAAUAAUUUAUUUUCCUACUUUGCUUUUUAAGCUGUUACGCACUUACGCCCCAUAGGCGGGUGCAAAUUAAAUCUAAAAUACAUGUUUCUAUCAAAUAAAUUUCUAAAUUAAUAGAUUUUUCUAUUACAUAUU